GGAGUCUGAAAACUAAAUGUUCAAAAGCAUAUUAAGCUGGUUUCCGAUUCAUCAGCUGAAGGUCCCGUCUUUCCUUAUUUGAACGUUCAAGGAUCUAAGGACCGAAACUCCUGAAGUUCAAUGAUCUUAAGACACGAAACAAGCGGCAGCAUCUCUAGAACGUUUUUAAGACCUGGACUCAUAAUUUAUAGUUUAACAAGGUCCAAAGACAGCACAUGGUCCUCAGAUCUGUCUCCAUGUUGGUCCUCAAGUCCAUCCUGGAGAGGUAAUCAUGAUCUGUAGAUAAUAAUCCAUGCAUUUAUCACAGUACUUCUAGAUUACUGUAACUCACUUGAUGCUGGGAUCAGCCAGGCCUUCAGCUUGUCCAGAAUGCUGCUCCUCGUCUUUUAACAGGAACACACAGACAUGAACAUAUUUCUCCACUCUGUCUUCACUCCACUGGCUGCCUGAGCUCCAAAGAAUUGGUUUUAAAAUUCAUCUCUUAGCUUUUAAAUGUCUGAAUGGCUUUGCUCCUCCAUACCUCCCUGAUUUGCUUCAGUCUGAUGUUCAACCAAGGGCUCUUAGAUCAUCUGACCAGCUCCUAUUGACUGAGGAGAUCGGACCUUUUCAGUUCUAGCACCAAACUUAUGGAACAAGUUGCCAUUAAAUAUCAGACAGGCCUUUUCUCCUACUGUCUUUUAUUAUUUGUGUCUUGAUUUGACCUUUCAGUGUCGUUCAGCACUUUGUUUAAACAAUUCGUUUUUAAAUGUGCUUUAUAAAUAAAAUGGAUUGGAUUGGAUCCACUGAUCUGUCAUGAGACAUUUCCUAAAGUCUUCUUCAGACCUGUCUGCAGGUCCAUCCCAUGAUCAGUCCUCAGGUUCGUCUUCAGGCCUGUCUUCAGGUGUCUCCAACAACAACCUGUCUUCCCAGUUCAUCGCUGUGUGAUGGAUUUUCUUAUCAAAGUGGGAGAGAAAUUAACUCAUUAAAAGAGAGUUAUCUUAUAAAUUUAUUCAAAGGCGUUGCAGCGAUUGAAGACCCUGUCACUGAGCUUAGUCAGUGAAGCAGAGCCCAGAACAAGAGUUUACAGACAGUAUUUAAACAGUAUGAGGGUGUUACCUCAACUUAAAAGAGUUUUAGAAAUAUGACCCCCAGACCCUCCCCGGGUCAGAGGUAACAAGGUUAUUUAUGAGGACACCCAUCUACCAUCCCUUGAGAUACAAUCCUUCAGGGAGCGUUGACCAUAAACCUCCUGAUAAUGAAUUUACAGACCAACUCCUCCAGGGUCAGAGGGGAGAGACGUAAGGGAAGUUCAGAGCAUUUAAAAGAAUUUUCCCAUAACAGCUGCACCAAGUUUAGUCCAUCAAGAACCAAGUUUAUCUUUCAGAUAUUAUCAGUUUAUUUAAAGUUUUUGUUUGCAUGUUUAUUGAUUGGUUGUUUGUUGAUGUUUUUGUUUAUCUGUUGUUUGUUGACGUGUUCUGGGCUAUAAACAGAACCAUUGUUCCAGAAAUUGUUCGGGUUUCUUGUGCUCAGACUGAUCUCAAGUCAGGUUUGUCCUCAGUCUUUGUUUUGGUCAUUCUUCCUGUCCUCAGACAGCAGGCGUGUCUUCUCUCAGAUUAUAAAUGAGUCCUUUGUUCCUCUCAGAGUCUAAACCGGGCCAACGGACUUCACGAUGUGCGUGUCAAGGUGUCUACGAUGUGUGGGCGUGUCUCUGGUUCCCAUGGCGAUCAUCUGCAUGCUCUCCAACAUCUUGCUGAUGCUUCCUGAACUGAAGCUCCACUUCCUUUUGGAGGGUCAUGUGACCAGAGAGGCCACCUGGGCCACAGGUCUGUGGGGCUCAGGCAUCUUGGUUUUACUUGGAGCACGAGCCUUCAUCCAGAGCAGCAGGACCAGAGGCUGCUGUGCCUUCAGGAGUCAGAUGUUGUGUCAGUCUCUGUACUCCUGCAUAGGGCUGCUGGCUGCCUCCAGCUGUACCCUGGUCAGCGCCACAGGUCUGUCUCAGGGUCCUCUGUGUCUCUACAAUUCAUCCUCUGGUCUUACCUGGGGCGUCCCCUUGCAGCCCCUUCCUGACAGACACUCGGGGUACCUGUACAACCACACUCUGUGGUCGGGGGUCUGCAUGGCCCCCCACUCGGUGGUUCAGUGGAACGUUGUUUUGUUCAGCAUCAUGGGAAUCACCAGCGCCAUGCAGGCCCUCCUCUGUGGACUGAACAUCCUGAACUCUGGGCUGGGGCUGAUCCUGGGUCAGGGGUUUGGCCACAAUAAGGUCGCUCCAGUUUCAGUAUAAAGCAGUUCGGAUCUUCACAGGAAACCAGCUCAGAUACUUCAAGAUACAAGCACUGAUGCACUUUACCCAACCAAUAACUCUGAAAUCAGCAGUUGGGUUCCAGAGAGUAUAACUUAUUUAUGUCUGUUUUCAAUCAGAUAAUGUUGAUGAUGCUGGAUCAUAUUUACAGAUUUUAUCUGCAGAAUGAAGAUCAGAACGAUAAAGAUGUGUGAAGGCUUUAUUUCUGUAUUUUUUAAAGUAAUAAAGUGAAAACCUCA